GGGCGGGGCGGCACGGCAGGCACGGAGCUCCGUGGGCGACUGCCACGCACUGUUGGCUCUCUCCAGCUCGCGCGCAGCCUGUUGCUCUCGGCUCCCGGCCGCCGGUUUCCCGCCGGGGGCAGGUAGGCGGACUAAGAGUGCCGGCGCGUGGGCCGCCUCCGGCAUUCCUUUCCUCUUGGCGCAAGGGCGAUCGAAGGCCCCCAGGCGUCCCCGACAGCGCGGACGCCGCCAGCUCCCGGCGCGUCCCGGAUCGCGCGCUCAGACCCCGGGCGCUGCGCCGCGAUGAACGCGAGCUUCCUGAACCACAGCAGCCUGGAAGAGGUGGGUGGUGACGCCCGAGCGGCCCUGGGAAACCGCAGCCACGGGCUGGGCACGUGGCUAGACUGCUGCCCCGGGGGCGCACCGCUGAGCGCCAGCGACGGGGUCCCCGCGGGACUGGCUCCCGACGAACGCAGCCUGUGGGUAUCGCGCGUGGCGCAGAUCGCCGUGCUCUGUGUGCUGUCCCUCACCGUGGUCUUCGGCGUUUUCUUCCUGGGCUGCAACCUGCUCAUCAAGUCCGAGAGCAUGAUCAACUUUCUGAUGCAGGAGCGCAGACCCUCCAAGGACGUAGGCGCCGCCAUCCUGGGACUGUACUGAGCGCCCGCAGCCUUCGACAGCGUCGCGACACCACGAGGAAGGGACCACCAAGCCUCUGCCUCAAAGAAUUAUCCCUAGCAGAUCAGCGGCGUGCCUUGCACCACCCGGGCCUGGAACAGCUGGACUUGGCGGCGGCGGUUUGCGAAGGGACUGUCACGCCGAUUUCUGUCCUGUGUGCGCUCCAGCUGGGGCCGGAGACGCAGGGUUCUUAACAGGUUUUUUGUUUUUGUUUUGAUUUCUUUUUUAACAAAGAAGUUUGGGGUAGGGUGGGAGGCAGGAAGAGGGAGAUGCAAUGCGGGGGUGAGGUUACUCAAGUGGAGAUUUUGGGCGUGUUGAUGGGGCAGGUUCCAAGGAGGGCGCACAGGAAAGAAGUGAAAAGAAUCACUGAGAUUUUGAUCUCGCAUUGCAUCUGAAAAGAAAAUUUGUAAUAAAACCAUAGCCUCCAGGCUUUCUGAUACAUUCUAA